UAUAUAUAUAUAUAUAUAUAUAUAUAUAUAUGCCUGUCUAAACACAGAUGCAUAUUUAUAGAGAAUUUACAGAAAACAUGGAUGCAUUGCUUUUUCAGAAUGGAUGUAACAGUAAUGGUCACAAAUCUUUGUUGACAAAUAUGAUACACCAGACUCCAUGGAUUAUAUAAAUAAUGGCAUACAAUCCAUCAUUCUUUCCAUUCAUAAAUCAUGCUUUCUAUAGCAACAAAUAUAUUUUAAAAAGUGAUAAUUUCUUGUAUUUUUUCAUAUUAAUUAAGAAAGUUAAUGUUACCUCUGCAACAAAACACACCCCAAAUCUUUUAGGUCUCAUUAUGAGGUGUUUAGCAUAUUGUCAUAGCAGUUCAGAAAGACUUUCCUUCCUAAGUGUACCUAACUUUCAGGACAUGAAUUAAAGUUCAUAAUGCAGGGAUUUUUAUGGACUGUCGUACCUGAAACAUGCACAAUGUUUCAUUUAUGAGAGAAAUUUCUUCAGUGCAGUUAAUCUGCUUGCUUGCUUUUAUCAGAAACUAGAUUAGAUUGACAACUGUGUUUUUCCAUAGAAGCUGAACUAUUAGAAAAUCUUGUUUUUAAAGAAAGUCAUUUAUCCUAACUUAAAAUGAAGAAACAUAAUCCCUCAAAACUCUUCCCAAGUUUCUUGAUAUGUAAUAUUUUAACAAAAGGUGAUCUUUAACCAAGAAUGAUUGUAGCAAAAUAAUGUAAGAGAUGCAUUUUUCCUUUACAUCAGAAAAUAGCAUAUUUGUUAUUAUUUUUCCUGUUUACAGCCCAUUUCAAGAUGUUAUAUUGAAAAUCAGACAGCAUUAGUGUGAAUAAACCAAACACAUUCAACUGUGUCAAACAGAGAUCUUUCUUCAAAAUUACAUUUUGGCAAAAUCACCUUCUAUAGUUUGCAGCUUCAUGUUUAAAGGAAUGUAGAAACCAAGCUAGUUUAGAAGGGGGAAGACCAGUAAUCUACCUUGUCCAACCUUUGGCUUUUGUGCCAUAUAUCUAUUUUUUUCUGCUCACAGUAGGUUUUCUAUCAAUGCUUUUAAUUAAAUCUAUGGUAUUGACUUUUUUAUUUCUUCUUGAAAAAGGAUAUGUUCUUGGAAAUCUUGAUAGGACUUGUUUUGCCACUAGAUCUGGUAUAUUCCUGGGGUCACAUGUGGGCUUUCUGGUUUGCUUGUAAUUAGCCCCUAUUUGGCUGAUCACUAGCACUUCUUUUAGAGGAGUCUCAUUCAGUUUCUAUUUUGCAUCUUCCUAGCUUUUGAUGUACAAACAGGCAGGACACCAGCAUUAUUUUUGUGUUAGUUAUAACACAUGAAAUAUGGUUAUAACAGAUCAGAUGAGUUACCCAGUGAUCUGCUCCCACAAAAGGCCACUUUCAGACAUUUUGGAGAUGAGUUUAAAGAUUUACAUUCACGUGUGAUGAAUGCAUGCAAAACAACUUCUUUAAAGAAGUUAAACCAAGGGAGGGAAUCGCUGGCUGCUGUCCUGCACACUCAGAGUUAAUGUCCUCUAGGUUGUUUUAAAUCAGUGUAAAGCUCACCUUGAGCCAUCUUUACCCCAACAGAGACACAGAUCCUGAAAUAUUUCAGUGCCUUAUCCAAUGCUGAAUAUUCUUUAAGAAUAUGGAUUAAGUGGAGUAUGAUUGCAGUGAGAGCCCCAUCUGGUACCAAUGCACUGACAUAAAUGCAUAAGUGCAUGCUGUUAUAGCAGGGGAUGAGCAUCUCCUAUCCCCCAGGACACAUGUUUCCAUGAAAGCAUAUGCAAGGAUAAACUCAUAGUGACAUGGGCUUGACUUUCCUCAAUGCCCUGGGUGGCUGGGGAUGGAGUUAUCGAGCAUAAAUAUCCAGUGUACAUCAGGCUUGGGUCACCUUUUUGCCCCAGUGAGAAGUGAAGGAGGGCUCAGCCAUGGCCUUUUUGUGGGCAGCUCAAAUUGUGGCUGCCCCUGCCUGGAAGCCCCAGAUACCUAGCCCUAAUUUGGGAGUGAACUAGCACCCUCUAAUCUAAUUCUCCUUUUUUCCUUCUGUUCCCUGUUAUGUCAAGAUCCUACUUCCAGAAGCCAAAGUGUUCCCAAAACACCUGGAAUAUGACCCAAAAGUUAAGUGUCCCCUGAAUGAGAACCAGAAAACUCCUCCAUAAACCAAUUUAUUCUUUGGGAGCAGGCAUCCAGAAAAACAUCCACCCUUCCUCCUAGAUAUCACAUACAAGUAUAUUUAUCCUCCCAGACAGAGAUACCCAGUUAAUCUGCUCAUCCAUGCAGAUAAUAAUGAAGAACUAAAAGAGACUCAAUAAAUAAGGGUCCAGAUCCUCCUUGUGUAUAAUCUGGGCUCAUUCUUUUUAGACCAAGAGGGUGACAAAUGUUUAUGCUGAGAGACUGGUCUGUAAGGAGGUGCAGCAAUAUACUCCCUGUGGGCUUAUGGUCAGAGAAUUGCACAUAUAUGUUAGCAGUAUCUUCCCUUUUGGGCAUGACUGGAUUUAUUAUAAUAAAGUAUCUCUUGGGCAGUGUAAAAAAGGGAAGCAGUAGUAGUGUGCCCCUAUUAAACAACCAUAUUCUAUUAUUGUUGUUAUAUUGUCUGAAUAUUGUCUUUCAUGAAUGUGUCCACAAGAUUUUUUUUGCUUGUUUGAAGUACUUUUAUCAAAAGGUUUUAUACUGGCUCUGGAAAUGUUUUUUUUGUGAAUGUUUUUUCCCUAAGAAGUGAGAUCUCCAUUAAAUACAACAUAAAAAUUGUAUUUUUGAGUUGGAUAAAAGCCAUUUUCAUAGGGAAGAAACAUUUCCUUAUAAAGACAUGCCACAAUCUGAUUCAUCAUUUGCUUUUGUAGUUUAAGCAACAAAAGACUUUUCUGAAUAGUUUUUUCCUCCCUUUUUCUGGUUAAGUAUGAUUUGCAAAAUUGAAUCUUUCAGGUGCAUAAUUUUCAGAAUACCUUCUUAGUAUUUUGAGUUCAGGUCUGCCUUUUGUUUCAGGUUUUGAUUUCCUCUUAUUAUUGUUACCACUCUUAUUGUCACUGAAAGGGUGUGUUGUGCCCAGUGCUUAGGAAUGAAAAAGGUUAAAUAUCUUACAAGCGGAGGACCAGAUUUUCUUGGCUUUUUCUUUAAACUGGUAUAUUUUUUAUCCCUCUUGGGAUAACGCUUUUUCAAACUGAAUGUAAUAUUUUAGUGGUGUAUUUUACAUGGUGUUUUGCAGGUGAACACCAUCUCUCCGUGCUGGCGCUCUGGGCCAGCUGGAUACUGCUCAGCUGCUCCUGGUGGGCACAGCCCUUGGCCUAAGCUCAGCACCAUCCAGCUGAGAGGUGGGAUUUGGGCUGGUGCACAGCAGGCACAGCCUUGGAUGUCUCUAUGGAUUUGGGCUAAGGCUCAGCACACAAAGCUGUGCCCACCUCAGCCUGCCCCUGGCUGCACCAAUGUACCCACGGUCAGACUUGUGGGAGGGGGUGUGGUUGGUGACCUCCCUGCUUUACCAUGGGAGGCCACAGAUGUGUAGUUUCCCGCCUCCCGAAUUGUCAGUUAUCUGUUCUCCCUUCCCCCAGUUCAUGUCAAUCACUUUGUACUCCUUCCCUUGGUUCUAGAAAGUUCUCAGUUCUUUGUACCCCCAUUGGUUCUUCUCCCGAGGCCACUCCUUCCCUCUUUCCCAGUUGGCCGUUGUCGUGUCACUCCUGCUUGACUCCACCCUCAUACCCUCACCCGGUUGGAUGCUCUGUACCCUGACCCUCCUUCCCUGCAACAGUUAUAUACCCUGCCCCGCCCCUGGUUCGGGGCUCUCAGAGCUGGCUCGCCCUCUGAGUGGCUGCGUCCCUUCAUCUCCCUUGCCUUCCCUCACCUAAGCCCUCAGAAUAAAGCCGCCUGAGAGACUCUCGCCCGGUGGAAGACUCCUUUCUUUACUACCACCAUCGCGUGCCCGAAGUCCCCGACCCAGUCGGAGUGUCCGGGUCACGCGAUAACUGGCGCCCGAACACGCUGACCCCUGCACGGAGUCAAGCGGAGAGCGUCUCCUCAGCAGCUUCGACUCCGUGAGCCGGCUGUUCGAGGAAUCAAAGCCCCGUUCGGACCUGGUUCCACGGACGACUGUGCUUCGUUGUCUGAAGAUCCUUCGCCUCGUGGGCUGCGGACAACCGGAGGAGCAGGAACAGCAGCUUCGUGGAAGCUCCCUCGCACUCCGGACCUGCAGCGCUUCCACCCCCCAUUGAGGUCAUCUUCUUUUCGACGGGCGUCCCUGUGAAUAAGGAUGGCUGCCCACAUGUCACCGAUCCGGGAGAAAUACCAGAAACCGCCCCACUGCGCCCAGCUGGCCGUCGCCGUGGCCUUUGUCAUCUUGUGGCUGCAAGCGGCGGACGGUUGGAUCGUUCAGCAGCCGAAGGAGAAUGUGUGGGUCACGCUCGCCAAGUCCUUGCAGCAGGACAAUCUGUGUUUGGCCAUGGGCAGUGUGGACAAUCCCCUGUCCACAUGCCUGGUGGGGGUUCCCCUGGUUGCCGACGAUUGGCCAGUUUUCAACUCCGACCUACUCCGAACCACGGGUAAGAGACCUAACCCGGUCGACACUUGGGACGAAUGGACCAAAAUUCUGUCAAACAGUAAAGAGGAACCCCAAGAAUUGGACUUGCUGGGGUCCUCUCACGCAGAAUACUGCAUCAAAUUUUAUUAUAGGAGGCCAAGUCAGAAUUGGCAUGGACUUGACUUGGCCAAGAACACGUACAGAAAGGAUGUAACACCUCUAAGCAAAAAAUACAACAGUCAAACCUGGUGCAAUUACACCAGCCAGGUCAUUUCGGUCUCGUCCACGCGUCCUAAGGUGUUGCCCAAGGGGAUGUUUCUUAUCUGUGGGGACAGAGUAUGGUCAGGCAUUCCAUCUCAGCUCCAGGGAGGACCGUGUAGCCUUGGCAAACUUGCUACCCUAACUCCAAAUAAAACCCAAAUUCUAGAAUGGAGGAAGGAAAAACAAUUGGCUCGUAAAAAACGAUCCUAUAACCAAUUCGACUCAAAUUGUGAUUCGCAGCUUUACAAUUGGGGCAAAACCAAGAGAAUCGCUGCAUCCAUAUUCCUUCCGUGGUAUGCAGCGGCAAAGGCCCUUGGUGAGCUUUCUCACCUGGAGUGUUGGGUCAACAAGAAUGCCAACGCUACGUCUGCCGCCCUCUCAGACCUCUUGGCAGACGAACAGACCACCAGGCAUGCAACCCUACAAAAUCGGGCUGCUAUAGACUUCCUACUCUUAGCCCAUGACCACAGCUGCGAGGACUUUGACGGGUUGUGUUGCUUCAACCUGUCAUCGAGAAGCAAAUCCAUCCAGGCCCACAUCAAACAAAUAAGAGAGCAAGUGAAAGAUCUAAAAACUGAAAACCCCUCGGCUGCUGACCCAGUGGACAAGACGUUCUCGCAGUGGGGCAUCCCCGGAUGGGCAGCCCCCAUCGUUAAAGGACUCAUUUGGAUUUUAGUUAUCAUUUUUCUUAUUUUUGUUGCGUUAGCUAUUUUUAAACAUUAUUUAGUUAAGACUUUUGGGACUGCUUUUUUAGUUAAUAAAGACGGGGGAGAUGUGGGAGGGGGUGUGGUUGGUGACCUCCCUGCUUUACCAUGGGAGGCCACAGAUGUGUAGUUUCCCGCCUCCCGAAUUGUCAGUUAUCUGUUCUCCCUUCCCCCAGUUCAUGUCAAUCACUUUGUACUCCUUCCCUUGGUUCUAGAAAGUUCUCAGUUCUUUGUACCCCCAUUGGUUCUUCCCCCGAAACCACUCCUUCCCUCUUUCCCAGUUGGCCGUUGUCGUGUCACUCCUGCUUGACUCCACCCUCAUACCCUCACCCGGUUGGAUGCUCUGUACCCUGACCCUCCUUCCCUGCAACUGUUAUAAACUCUGCCCCGCCCCUGGUUCGGGGCUCUCAGAGCUGGCUCGCCCUCUGAGUGGCUGCGUCCCUUCAUCUCCCUUGCCUUCCCUCACCUAAGCCCUCAGAAUAAAGCCGCCUGAGAGACUCUC